AUGGCGGCGAAUCUCGAGGAGGAACAGAGCUUACGCGAGUGCGAGGAAUACGUGCAGAGACACAAUAUCCAACAGGUCCUGAAAGACUGUAUAGUGCAACUGUGCGUGGGCCGGCCCGAGAACCCGAUCUCCUUCCUGCGGGAAUACUUCCAGAAGCUGGAAAGGGAACAGGCUCACGAUGCCAAACAACAGAUCGCCACGAGUCCCGAGGAUACGGAAGACAUGCCUGCGGGACAACAGGGCCCGCAGGUGCCACGACGGCGGGGCGGAAUCUCAGCGGAGCCGGUCUCCGAAGAGGAUGCCACCAGUUACGUCAAGAAGGUCGUACCUAAGGAUUACAAAACCAUGGCUGCCCUGAGCAAGGCCAUCGCCAAGAACGUGCUGUUUGCACACCUAGACGAGAACGAGCGCUCCGACAUAUUCGAUGCGAUGUUCCCCGUGACCUUUCUGCCUGGCGAGGCGAUCAUUCGUCAAGGCGACGAAGGUGACAAUUUCUACGUGAUCGAUCAAGGAGAAGUCGAAAUAUUCGUCAAUGGCGAGCUGGCGACGACGAUUGGCGAGGGUGGGAGCUUCGGCGAACUCGCAUUAAUCUACGGAACUCCACGCGCCGCCACAGUCAGAGCAAAGACCGAUGUGAAGCUCUGGGGCAUCGACAGGGACUCCUACCGCAGAAUUCUCAUGGGCUCUACUAUAAGGAAAAGGAAAAUGUACGAGGAGUUCUUAUCCAGAGUUUCAAUACUGGAAUCCUUGGAUAAAUGGGAAAGACUUACAGUGGCAGACGCUCUGGAACCGGUAGCGUUCGACGACGGUGAAACGAUAGUCCGACAGGGCGAACCGGGUGAAGAUUUUUAUAUAAUCGUCGAGGGUACGGCGGUGGUCCUUCAACAACGCUCGGAAGGAGACGAACCCGCAGAGGUCGGCCGUUUAGGACCAUCGGAUUACUUCGGAGAAAUAGCGCUACUGCUAGACAGGCCCCGAGCGGCAACCGUAGUGGCUAGGGGUCCGUUGAAGUGUGUGAAACUGGAUCGGGCACGGUUCGAGCGGGUCUUAGGUCCGUGCGCCGAUAUUCUGAAACGUAACAUCACCCAGUAUAACAGCUUCGUGUCCCUCUCCGUAUAAACGGACUCGGUCUCUCCGCAUCCUCCCUCCUCUUCCUAACUCCAAUCUCGUCAUCGCAGGCAGCGCUGCCGAUCAUCCCCGACUUCAUUUUCCACCGAGGGCUACGUUAUUUCGUCGUACCAUAGUUAAAUCUUUUUUUAUUUGAUUAAUAUUUAUAUGUAAGUGAAUUAAUGUAUUACGUCAGCUAUCAAUCAGAUGUGUACACGCCAUACACACAAAAAAACACAAACGGAAUCUUUAGAGAGACGCUGUUAAUAUAUUUACCGUAAGGCUAUUUACGCACUGUGUAGCUCGCGACUCGAUGCCGACGCGCAUGCGAAUUCAUAUUGACGUUGAUCUCUUCCGCGCGAUCUGUUCCUACUCGUAUAAGAUUCUCGUGCACGAGAAAUUAUUAAUCUAUCUCUUUCGAGAAGCUAAGAAUCUAAUUUUAAAAACAAAAUUUACAAAAGAAUCUGAAAAAAAUCACAAAUGAUACCGGAUACUAACAGUAUGAAUUAGAGAACAGAUUCUAAUAAGAUCAUGUUCCUUCUUGUUUGAAGACGCUAACGAGUUAAUCCGGUUAAUGGCACGUUGCGUGCAUCUCGCGUGCAUUGUAGAGAUCUUUAAUCGAAACCGAUACGUGUAUCCCAACGUGGUUUAUAAUCGCAUCCCGAGGUCUACGUCGAAAAUGCAGGCGCUCAUUAAGCUCAUAUUAUUGCGCGAAUUCGUGAUCGAACCACGUUAAAUUAUUCGAAAGCCAUUUUAAGGCUUCUAUUACAUCAGAAGUGAAAAAUUAUAUUGUCUCGCUUUUGUUCGAUAGGGUAAAUUAGUGAAGUACACCCAAGUCUCUUUUUAUGCAUUUUGCAUUCAUGAUAAAUAAUUCUGUCUACACUUAUUUUUAAUUUUGAAUGUAAAUCUCACAACAUUCGAUUAAACUUAGCAGCUUUUAUUUUGCGAAUCGAAAUCUUCAAUGAAUUUCACAAGUCUAUUCUGUCGAAUACAAGUAGUGAUAUGUAAAAAGCUGGGUUCUUUCACUGCAAAUAUAUUGUAAGUAUUGUGUAAAUGUAAAGUAUAUGUAAUAAAUUUUCAUUUCUGAUGUAAUCCGAUAUAAUUAUACAGUAACGAGCCAGGAGCCGUAAAUAUUAUCCAGCAGCGAGAGGAUCGGCGUUGAAAACGACAUUUUCUCGUUUACUGUUAUAUAUUUUAAAUGUUCUAUAUUGUCUCAUGGAUUGUUAAAUUAUUUAACAUUUAAAUUAUAUUUUAUCUACCGAUGGCGAAUCGGUACAUAUAUAGAUAUAUACAUAAUUAGCAACGACAACGUAAAUGUCAGUCGCAAUUUGCAAUUGCGGACAUCAAGAAACCCGUCGACCGUGGUAUUUAUUAUUAAACGAAGCAUCGUCGAGGCGAAGUCGAGGCAAAACAAGUCGCAAUCUAUAUCUCCUCUAAAGUGCGCUAGGUUUAUAGUACGACAAACGAGACAAAAAAAUAAGGUACAACGUCAGAAAAUUAAAUAAUUUAUUAUGCACAACAUCGUAUUCGGAUCAAGUAUGAUACAAUGAGUCAUUUUCCCUUUCCGAAUCCGUGUAAUGCGGCUGGUGCACAUUCCAUGCGCGCGCGCGCGAGCAUAUGAGCGUGCGUGCGCGCACGAAUGCGAAGGAAAACCAAGAGGGUCGACCACCUAGAGAGAAUCCAACGAGAAUAGGACGACUCUAACGUCGAAAGGAGCAUCGUCGCACCGCGCACGGCGCAUGGACACUUGUUAAAAUUAAUUAUAAAAUCACUCGGCACACGACGAAAGGAACCGAUGGUGAUACGCCAUUCGUCUCGCGCGAGGUAUGGUCCUCUCCUUAUCUUCGUUCUUCUGUCUUCAUCCCCAAACCCAGACAUCUUCGACAAACAGUCCCAUCCACCGAUAUUCCGGGAGAAACAAUUCUGCCAUUUCUUCUUCCUUCUUCCCUCUGUCCGAUUUUUACCGAUUUUCUUCGGGCUUGUCCGGGAAAUGACACUUUAUCGCGGAUUAGGAACGCUCUGUUCUGAGAAGAGCGGCUCUCGAGCACGAAUCUCAAG